UAAAUAAAGAAGCUAAGAAAACAUUACCAGAAACUAAGGUAAGUGUAGAAACUAAAGAAUUUUCUAUCAAAAAUCAUACUAAUCAAAAUAAUACAGAAGCAAAUACAUCUAUUGAUUCGAAAAAAUCACUAGAAAUUCUUAUCAAAAAUGAAUCUGAUAUAGAUAUCUUGAUCCUUCUUUUACAAUGA